GGAGCACGAGUCGCUGACCCGGGGCGGCGGGCGGAGGGGACCCGAACCCCGAGGGACGCGCCUUGCGGUCCGGCCUGCGCCACCCGUUUCCCCGAGGCGGCCGCUGCCGUGGCCGGGAGCCCCCCGGGGGACGGGGGUGGGGGGCGCCGGCCCUCCUCGGAGCCCGGGUCGGGUCCCGCCCUGUGAGGUCCCGGCGAGUGGCAGAGGCUGGGCGGCCGGCAGUCAAGGGGAUGCGGCCGUGGGCUCGUUAAACGGUGUCAAGCCCGGGGCUCUUUUCACUGCACCGCCCUGCCACUCGGGCAAUGAGGCGGAAUUUGAGAGCUGGGAAAGAAUUCGGCAUUAGCCCAGCCCCCUGAUUUUACAGAUGAAGAAAUCUUCUGGCUUGCCCAGAGUCCCAUCCAGUCGAUGGAAAAACCGGUAUCAGACUUAUAUUCUCACUGUAAACAACUCUAAAACUGGGAAAACACAGGAGGCAGCUGUUUUCAGGCAUCAGGCAAUAGGCAGCGCAGGUCUGUGAUCCUGGAAAGAAAGGAAACACCAGGUUAUAAAACAUGGAGGCUGGCUCAGUGGUUCGAGCCAUCUUUGACUUUUGCCCUAGUGUAUCAGAAGAACUACCGCUCUUUGUAGGAGAUAUUAUUGAGGUGUUGGCAGUGGUGGAUGAAUUUUGGCUUCUAGGAAAGAAAGAAGAUGUUACAGGACAGUUCCCCAGCAGUUUUGUGGAAAUUGUGACCAUCCCCAGUCUAAAAGAAGGAGAGAGGCUGUUUGUCUGUAUCUGUGAAUUUACAUCCCAAGAAUUAAACAGUCUUCCCCUCCACCGAGGCGAUCUAGUGAUUCUCGAUGGUGCUCCCACUGCCGGCUGGCUGCAGGGCCGAAGCUGCUGGGGCGCGCGGGGCUUCUUCCCGUCCUCGUGUGUCCGGGAGCUCUGCCUGUCCUCACGGAGCCAGCAGUGGCACUCCCAGAGUGCCUUGCUCCAGAUUCCUGAGUACUCGAUGGGACAAGCCCGGGCGCUGAUGGGGCUUUCUGCCCAGCUGGAUGAGGAGCUGGACUUCAGAGAAGGGGAUGUGAUUACCAUUACUGGAGUUCCUGAACCAGGCUGGUUUGAGGGGGAAUUAGAUGGUCGAAGAGGCAUUUUUCCAGAAGGUUUUGUAGAGCUUUUGGGGCCCCUGAGGACUGUGGAUGAGUUGGUAAGUUCUGGAAAUCACGACGAUUGCAUUGUUAACGGUGAAGAAGACACCCCUACAGGAGAAGAGGAGAGGGAGCCCGAAGAGGAUGAGGAGCAGCCAGGGACCUACGGAAUUGCCCUCUACAGAUUCCAAGCCCUGGAGCCAAAUGAGUUGGAUUUUGAGGUAGGUGAUAAAAUCCGAAUUCUGGGGACGCUGGAAGAUGGCUGGCUGGAAGGAUCACUGAAGGGCAGGACAGGCAUCUUUCCUUACCGAUUUGUAAAGCUCUUUCCUAAAACAAGAGCAGAGGAGACCAUGGAUGUGCCAGAGGAAAGCAGCCCUGCUGAGAUCCCUGACACUUCUCUGGAUUGUUCUGAGAACUCCAUAGUAGUGGAGGGAAGAAGACACGAAACUCUCGAAUAUAAAGCAGAGAAGUCCAACUGUGUUAUUUCUGAAACAUCUGCUUCUCCCCUGGAGCAUCUGACUUCUGAGUAUGAAGUAAACAAAAAUUCUCAUCAGGACGAGGGCACCUCAGGAGGGCCCCUGAGAAGCCCGGGCCUGGGGCACGAACAGCCUCUUGCCAAAGACUGUUUUGCAAAGGAUCCUUCAGAGACUAUCAAUGGGGUUUCCUCUCAACCUCAGGCACCUUUUCGUCCCAGACUGCAGAAAAACCAGUAUUAUUCUCCAGUGGGAGGGAGCCCCCUAAGCUCAGAGCAGUAUCCUGACCCUGUUCCCUUCGAAGCAAGGACUAAAGACUACUCCAGCCUACCUCCCAGAGGAAUGCACUCCCCACCAAAAACCCUUCAGAAGCCAGUGCGACCUCCUCACAGUGGCUCUAGUCUUUUUGCCCCUAGGGUAGUCAGACCCAGCCAGUUGAGCCCUCAGCUCCAGGGCAUGGUAAGAUGUAUUAAAAAGCCCCACACGCUCAAAGAAAAUGCCUCUGGCUUUUGUUCUGGAUCAGAGGUGAAGCCUGGUCUGCAAGAUAAAGGGUUCGCAGUGGAAGCAAUGACGCUUGUGCAGGGAGAAGGCAGCACUGACCUGGAUUCUAAGUUGACACAACAGCUGAUAGAGUUUGAGAAGAGCUUGUCAGGACCCGGCACAGAACCAGAUAAAAUUUUGCGCCACUUUUCAAUCCUGGACUUUAACUCCGAGAGGGACAUUGUCCGAGGUUCCUCAAAGCUACUCAGCCAGCAGGAGCUGCCUGAGAGGAGAAAAGCCCUAAGGCCACCGCCACCGCGGCCCUCUGUUCCAGCGUCCACUUCUCCCCAGAGCCUGAAACCUGAACCUCCGUUGGCAGUGCGACCCUCUCGCCCAGCUCCCCUGCCUCCCCCGGCACAGCACAGAAUGAUAUCCCCCAGGCUCCUAACCUGUCCCCAUCCUAGCUGUGAGACCCCAGAAAAGGAGGGCCCUGAGAAUAUGGAACAGACUCCAGACCAAACUUCCCCGUGUCCGUUAGUACUGGUGAGGAUUCAGGAAAUGGAACAGGACUUGGAUAUGUGUAGCGGGGCUCAAGAAGAGCUAAACGUGACGGUGGAGGAGAAGCAAGAUGAGUCAUUAAGGGCAGAGACCCUUGAGGACCUUGAUUUCUACGAGAGCAACAUUGAAAGUCUGAAUAUGGAACUCCAGCAACUUAGAGAAAUGACGCUCCUCUCCUCCCAGUCCUCAUCACCGGUGGCCCCUCCUGGGUCUGUGUACACCGAAAACCCAGAGCAGAGGAUGCUGGAGAAGAGAGCCAAGGUGAUAGAAGAACUUCUGCAGACGGAAAGAGACUACAUUCGGGAUCUGGAAAUGUGCAUUGAGCACAUCAUGGUGCCUCUGCAGCAGGCACAGAUACCAAACAUUGAUUUUGAAGGACUUUUUGGAAAUAUGCAGAUGGUGAUUAAGGUCUCAAAGCAGUUAUUGGCUGACCUGGAAAUCAGCGAUGCUGUAGGGCCUGUGUUUCUUGAUCACCGGGAUGAGCUUGAGGGAACGUACAAGGUCUACUGCCAGAAUCAUGAUGAGGCCAUUUCACUGCUGGAAAUCUAUGAGAAGGAUGAGAAGAUCCAGAAGCAUCUUCAGGACUCCUUGGCCGAUCUCAAGAGCCUGUACACAGAAUGGGGAUGCACAAAUUACAUUAACCUGGGCUCCUUCCUCAUCAAGCCAGUCCAGAGAGUAAUGCGCUACCCACUGCUGCUGAUGGAGUUGCUGAAUUCCACCCCCGAAUCUCACCCCGAUAAAAUGCCCUUAACCAAUGCAGUCCUGGCAGUCAAGGAGAUCAACGUUAACAUUAAUGAAUAUAAACGUCGAAAGGACCUGGUCCUCAAGUACCGAAAAGGUGAUGAAGACAGCCUCAUGGAGAAAAUUUCCAAACUGAACAUCCACUCCAUCAUCAAGAAAUCCAACCGAGUUAGCAGUCACCUGAAGCACCUCACUGGCUUUGCUCCACAGAUAAAAGAUGAAGCAUUUGAAGAAACAGAAAAGAACUUCCGAAUGCAAGAAAGAUUGAUCAAAUCUUUUAUCCGAGACCUGUCUCUCUACCUCCAGCAUAUCCGGGAAUCAGCGUGUGUGAAAGUGGUGGCUGCCGUGAGCAUGUGGGAUGUGUGCAUGGAGAAGGGGCACCGAGACUUGGAGCAGUUCGAGAGGGUGCAUCGUUACAUCAGUGAUCAGCUCUUCACAAAUUUUAAGGAAAGGACAGAGCGGCUUGUCAUCUCUCCCCUAAACCAGUUACUGAGCAUGUUCACGGGGCCCCAUAAGCUGGUGCAGAAGCGCUUUGAUAAGCUUCUGGACUUUUACAACUGCACAGAGCGGGCAGAGAAGUUAAAGGACAAGAAGACUCUGGAGGAGCUGCAGUCGGCCCGGAACAACUACGAGGCCCUGAACGCGCAGCUGCUGGAUGAGCUGCCCAAGUUCCACCAGUACGCCCAGGGCCUCUUCACCAACUGCAUCCACGGCUACGCCGAGGCCCAUUGCGACUUCGUGCGCCAGGCGCUGGAGCAGCUGAAGCCACUGCUUUCAUUACUUAAAGUCGCCGGCAGGGAGGGAAACCUCAUCGCCAUCUUCCACGAAGAGCACAGCAGAGUUCUGCAGCAGCUCCAGGUUUUCACCUUCUUCCCAGAGUCGCUUCCGGCUGCCAGGAAGCCGUUUGAGAGGAAAACCGUGGACCGCCAGUCGGCCCGGAAGCCGCUCCUGGGCCUGCCAAGUUACAUGCUACAGUCGGAAGAACUUCGGGCCUCCCUUCUGGCAAGGUAUCCCCCUGAAAAACUCUUCCAAGCAGAACGGAACUUCAAUGCCGCUCAAGACUUAGAUGUCUCACUUCUGGAAGGUGACCUGGUGGGCGUGAUCAAAAAGAAGGACCCCAUGGGCAGUCAGAACCGCUGGCUGAUUGACAAUGGAGUCACCAAAGGCUUUGUGUACAGCUCCUUCCUGAAGCCCUACAACGCCCGCCGCAGCCACUCCGAUGUCUCUGUUGGCAGCCACUCCUCCACUGAGUCGGAGCAUAGCAGCUCCUCUCCCAGAUUCCCACGGCAGAACAGCAGCAGCACCUUGACCGUCAACCCCAGCAGCAUGGCUGUGUCCUUUACCUCAGGGUCUUGCCAGAAACAGCCUCAAGAUGCACCGAAGGAAGUAGACCAAGAAACUCUCAGUGCAUCCUUAAACUUGGGUUGCUCAGACAGCAGUCUUUCCAGGUGCCCUUCAGACCCAGACCCCAGCUCCCAGCCCAGGCCAUGGGACUCUAUGGAAGCAGUCAGAGACAUUAACCAGCCUGCCCCUGCCCUCAGGAGCCACAGAAACUCCAGGCAUCCAGAAAUGGUAGGUUACUCCCUACCAGGGCGAAAUGGGCAGGGAAAAGACCUCAUAAAAGUAUGUACAAGAACAACCCGGUCUCUGGAAGACAGAAGUGAAGAGCCAGAAAGCAGUGAGGCGGAAGGCAACCAGGUCUAUUUUGCUGUCUAUACCUUUAAGGCACGGAACCCAAAUGAGCUGAGUGUGUCAGCCAAUCAGAGACUCAAGAUCCUGGAGUUUAAAGAUGUUACAGGAAAUACAGAGUGGUGGUUAGCCGAAGUUAACGGGAAGAAGGGCUAUGUUCCAUCCAAUUAUAUCCGCAAAACUGAAUACACCUGAGCCAUUCUCCCUCCCGCUCAACGUUGCUGCCUUCACUUUCCUUCUGCUGAAGGGUUCUGGCGGCCCCCAAGAGGGCACCUGCUCCUGGGACACAGGCCCUGUCUACAUUGCUUAACCAUGGCACAGAGGGGCACAAGAUGGGUCUUGUUCACCACCACUGGGUUGUGUCAAUCUUGAUGCUCACUAGACUUUCUAGGAUUUGAAAUGGACCCUAGGGCUGUGAAGGAUUCAGUGACCAUGAGAAGAGGCAAGUCGUGGGUCAGCCUUUGGGAAUGAGAAGCCGCCAGCCGGAAAAUCAGUAUUAUAUGUACACUGGAAGCUGUGCUACAGCAUUAGAUGUUGGCGCUGGUUACACCAUACUGAGUUUGGGGUGGUCCUGUGCUCCACGAACAAAUGACCAGAAAUUGACUUGGGUGAAGAAUUCUCCGGGAGCCCUUUUAGACUGUGCUUCUGCAUGUGGCAAGGAGUUUGUUGAGGUUGUAUCAAAUCUGGUGUUUCAGAGCUUCAGUGUUCAGCACACACAUUCACGCAUACACACCCGCCCCUAAUUCCUAAAAGUCCCUAAAACACUACCAUCUGCAAUCUUUUUCUUAUUUAUUUCAAACACUGCAUUUCCAGAUUGGCUCUGCAAAAUUCUGUUGUUUUCUCUUUUUAAAAAAUAUUUACGGUCUGUAUUUCCCUUCGAUCUUUAUCUGGAAGGUUCUCUUCCCUUUUAGGUGUAUAGCCACCUAUACUUUCGAACAGCCACCUCUGCUUUAUCGAGUCCAUGUGUGAUCUCUCCUAGCCCUUCACCUGCAAUCCAAUAACUGAUAGAUUUUCUUAGGAGAACAGGCUCAGAGCUCCAGCAACCCCAUGAAAAGGAUUCGUUCCACGGGGAGCUGAAAGCAGUCUGGCUUUGUGGAAGACCAGAUGCCUUUCUCCUUCUUCCACACCUACUACCCACAGAGGCAGAAAGCAUAGCACACGUGUCUUAUAUGAAUUAGGAUAAGCAGUCCCAGAGGUAGCUUAUCCUAGACUUGGAAAUAAGCAUUCUCUGUUUCACCACUAACCUCCGUGCUUCAGAGACCGUAGUCUAAGCCAAACAGAUUCUAAAGUGCCUGAUCGUACCUCCCUUUGGCCUCAGGAAACUAUUUGCUAAUCCUUACAGAAAGAAUCUCCCCCUAAAAGUUCUAUUUGAGGAGGGCUCUUAUUCUUAAGGUCUGCCUCAGAUAUGGAGCCUACCUUGAAACAAGAAACUAUGAAUUCUGUCUUAAGGGAAUGAAGAACACCUCCAGCCCCUGCUCGUCCAAGUGCACCUUUGGCCUUAAAAUCCUAUGAAUUGGGAGACACUUGUGGACCCCUUAGCUCUGUGUGUCAGUGGGUUGGUCUGAAGGCAGCAAUGCGAGUCUCUUGUGAAUAGUGUUUAUAUUUAGAGAUGUUUAUAUUUAAGUAGUUAUUUUAUAAAUAAAAGCAUUUCUAAGGGCCAUGAGUGUGUUUUCUUGAUUUCCCUCCAUGUUUAGCUUGAGCCUAGUCAGAUUUCGGAGGGUACCUCUGUGACAAUUCAAAAUGAUGUCUAGAUUCUGGAAAAUGGGAGGCUAACUGAAGAAAUCCAAGUCAAAAACUCAUUUUGUCAAAUAUAAUUUGAACAGAAUGACUGUACCCUCAAGACCCCCAUGCUGCAGGCAAUUGCCUGUUUGUUUUAAGCGUGUUUAUCCUAGCAGAAUGGAAGAGCUGAAGUCUCUAAACUGGAAGCCCUACGAGGUAAGUGUUUUCCUGAUAUUACAGAAGUGGAAGCCGGUGCACUAGCGGUUAAGUAACAAGGCUUGGAGUAGCAGCCGGACGGGGCUGGGGACGGGAGGCGGAGGAUGAUGUGUGGGUGACUGUGAAGCAAUUGUCGGAUAUUGUUGUUUUUUUUUAACGUUUAUUUACUUUUGAGACAGAGACAGAGCAUGAACGGGGGAGGGUCAGAGAGAGAGAGGGAGACACAGAAUCUGAAACAGGCUCCAGGCUCUGAGCUGUGAGCACAGAGCCCGACGCCGGGCUCGAACUCAUGAGCCGUGAGAUAAUGACCUGAGCCGAAGUCGGACGCUUAACCGACUGAGCCACCCAGGAGCCCCGAUUGUCUGAUAUUGUUAAGGGAUAGAAAACAUGAUUGAAUAGGUAGACUCUGUGGUACAGAAACUUACAGAUCAACUAGGCCAACUCUUAUUUUAUGAACUAGGAAAAUGAGAUCUAAUGACAUUGUGACUUCCCCAAGUCACACAUCCAAGUUUUUGAUGAAUCCUGAAUUUAAACUUGAGUUCUCUAGCUGAGUUUUUACACCUUGUUCUGGAGCCAGACUGUCUGGCUUGAGACACUUAAGAGCUGUGUGACCUUGGCAACUUACCCAACCCAUGCUUCAGCUCCCACCUCUAAAGUAGAUGGUAACACUAGCCACCUCAUGGGUUGUUGUAAGGAUUGAAUGAGUUGGAACAUGGAGAGUGCUAGAACACUGCCUGAUACAUAGUGAUAAAUCGGAGAGCCUUGAGGUCCAAGUCAAGGAAUUUAGAUUUGAUGAGUCUGGUAAUAAGAAACUCUUGGAAGUUCUUAAAUAGAUUGCCUGUUUUAGGAAAGCUAAAUGUUACAAGAUGAUUGGGAGGGACUACAGAUCAAAGGCAAGAAAAUCUAAUAGGAAAAAAAGUUAACUGCUUCGGAUAUAAGAAUGCUUGAGAGUGGGAAAAAAGCAUCCUAUAAAGAAUAUGAAAUUAAAGAAAUGAUGGAAUCACUGGCAAAGAGGUCAUUGGCAUGGGGACGGGUUUCUGAAAAUGUGUCUUUUGUUUUAAACACUAGAUGUCUGCUUGUCUUGCUUCUGCAAGUGUGGCUGUCAGCCCAGUGGCAUCACCGUCACUAACCUGGGAGCUGCUGGAAAUGCAGGCCCCACGUGAUUUGUGCACACAUCCAAGUUUGAGAACCAUCCGUCAAGGCAAUUUUUGUAAAUGGGCUUUUCUGCUGUCAGAAAAGUAAGAGUUACAGAAACCACGGAAGGAAAGGGUGUCAGAUGUUUCAGACACAACAGAAGGAAAUGUCAUUGAGGAAAAUCUCUCGAUCCGGUUUGCCUACUUGCUUCCUCUCAUGAAUUUUCUCCCUUUCCUGUCUGGAAGUAGCUCUUCAGUUGUGCUUUCAUCCAAAAGUCCUAGGAGAAUGGAGAAGUGGUGGGAAUUGCCAUCUCUAAAGUCUCGAUUUCUGGCC